AUGAGCAGCAGCAAGGACCACGUAACGGCCGUGUCGGCGCCCGGCAAGGUGCUGCUAGCCGGCGGCUAUCUUGUGCUCGACCGCGAAUACACGGGGCUCGUGUUUGGCCUCAGCGCCCGCAUCAACGUCGUUGCCCAGGAGAUCCACACCAGCGAAGGCGUCCAUCUUACUGAGAUUGUUGUCGAAAGCCCCCAGUUUCUCGAGGCACAGUGGCGGUACGGGUACCAUCUCGCUGCAGAGGAUGGUGGCAUAAAGGUCACCCAGCUGCAAAUUGGUUCCCGCAUAGUUGCGAACCCCUUCGUAGAGACGACGCUAAACUACGCGCUCACAUACAUUGCGCGCGUCGGCAAGCACAAGCCGAACCACAGCGUAAAGUCUGCCCGCCUCACCAUCCUCGCCGACAACGACUACUACUCCCAGCCAGCCGGGGCAGGAGCAGGAGCAACGAGCGCUGUCCGCUUCGCCCGGUUCCCCACCACGCUAGGCGGCGCGCACAAGACAGGCCUCGGCUCGUCGGCCGCGCUCGUCACGGCCCUCUCGGCCGCGCUGCUCACGCACUACCUGCCCACGCGGCUGUUUGAUCUCGGCUCGGCCGAGGGCAAGCAGGUGCUGCACAACCUGGCGCAAGCCGCGCACUGCGCCGCGCAGGGCAAGGUCGGCAGCGGGUUCGACGUGGCGGCGGCCGUGUACGGGUCGUCUCUGUAUCGGCGGUUCUCGCCGGGGAUCCUGGCGGCGCUGCCCGAGGCGGGCGCGCCGGGCUUCGCGACGCAGCUGGAGCGCGUCGUGCACGGCGACGGCGACGCGCGGUGGGACACGGAGGUGGCCAAGGAUGCCGUCAGCCUGCCGGCGGGCGUGGCGGUGCGCAUGUGCGACGUUGACUGCGGCAGCCAGACGGUCGGCAUGGUCAAGCAGGUGCUGGCGUGGCGGGCACGCGAGCCCGCGGCCGCCAAGCAGCUGUGGGAUGAGCUGCAGCAGCGCAACGAGGCGCUGGCGCGCGUGCUGCGCGAUGGCCGCACCACCGACCUCGCCGCCGCCCUGCAGGCCGUGCGCGAGCUCGUCCGCGCCAUGGGCGCCACCAGCGGCGUCCCCAUCGAGCCCGCCAGCCAGACGGAACUGCUCGACGCGCUCACUGCCGAAGUGCCGGGCGUCUACGGCGGCGUUGUCCCCGGCGCCGGCGGCUUCGACGCCAUCGCCCUGCUCGUCAAGGACGACGUCGACACGCUGGCCAAGAUCGAGGAGUUUGUCGAGGCCUGGAGCAAGUCCAAAGGCAGCCAGGUCAGCUUAUUGGGUGUCAAAGGCGAGAUGGAAGGCGUGCGCAAGGAGACGCCGGGAGCGUAUGAGGGGUGGGUCCGGUGA